CAUAGAAAACAAGUGGAAACAUGCACAGCAUACCACCUCUUCACUUGGAGAGUGAUGGUGUUUCCAACAACCUCCAAAAGGCGUUGUUUUUUAGGCUUCUCUUCCACUUGACUUAAGUAAGUUUCAUCGCCCCUCACCAACCCCAACAACACUACAACCUUCACAUAAAUAAAACCCAUUGCACAUUGCACCUCACUUCAAAAACCUCAAAACACAAAACAUUCUUUCCAUUUCAACAAACCAAACUCAAAACACUUCACAAAACAAUGGCUUUGAAUUUGACUCAUCAACCAGCCAUUAAAGCACCGUCUUCCUCCUCUUUCGCCGCCUCUCGCCCUUUGCGGGCCCCGCAAAGCGUCCCCUUGAGGAGCCCGCAGCGCUCACUUGCCGUGCGCGCCGCCGCCACGGAGUCUCCGGCGCCGGCGGUUACGGCGGUGAGGGAGUGUAAGGUGAAGUCAGUGAAGGCGCGGCAGAUCGUGGACAGCCGCGGGAACCCGACGGUGGAGGUGGACCUGGUGGCGAACGGGCUUUUCCGAUCGGCGGUGCCGAGCGGCGCGUCGACGGGGAUUUACGAGGCGUUGGAGCUGAGGGACGGGGACAAGAGCGUUUACGGCGGGAAGGGAGUUCUUAACGCCGUUAGGAACAUCAACGAGGUCUUGGCUCCCAAACUCGUUGGCGUCGACGUUAGGAAUCAAGCUGAUGUGGAUGCUAUUAUGCUGGAAAUUGAUGGAACUCCUAACAAAUCAAAACUAGGGGCUAAUGCAAUAUUGGGAGUUUCACUGAGUGUAUGUAGAGCUGGUGCAGGGGCAAAGGGAGUUCCCUUGUACAAGCACAUCCAGGAGAUUUCAGGAACAAAGGAACUUGUUAUGCCAGUUCCAGCUUUCAAUGUUAUAAAUGGGGGAAGUCAUGCUGGGAAUAAUCUGGCUAUGCAAGAAUUUAUGAUACUACCAGUUGGAGCCACUUCAUUUGCUGAGGCAUUCCGCAUGGGCAGUGAAGUUUAUCAUGUAUUAAAGGGAAUAAUCAAGGCAAAAUAUGGACAAGAUGCAUGUAAUGUUGGAGAUGAAGGAGGAUUUGCUCCCAAUGUUCAAGAUAACAGGGAGGGGCUUGUCUUACUCAUGGAUGCUAUUGAGAAAGCUGGUUAUACUGGCAAGAUUAAAAUAGGCAUGGAUGUUGCAGCUUCAGAGUUUUACACUAAGGAUGGGAAGUAUGAUUUGAACUUCAAGAAACAACCAAAUGAUGGAGCUCAUGUUCACUCUGCCCAGAGUCUUGGUCAACUAUAUAAAGAUUUUGUGAAAGAAUUUCCCAUUGUGUCAAUUGAGGAUCCAUUUGAUCAAGAUGAUUGGGGUUCAUGGGCUUCACUUCUCUCUUCAGUUGAUAUUCAACUUGUAGGAGAUGAUUUGUUAGUUACAAAUCCCAAGAGAAUAGCUGAGGCCAUCCAAAAGAAGGCUUGCAAUGGUUUGCUUCUAAAGGUUAACCAAAUUGGUACAGUGACUGAAUCUAUUCAGGCUGCACUUGACUCAAAGGCUGCAGGUUGGGGUGUCAUGGUUAGUCAUCGGAGUGGUGAAACUGAGGAUAACUUCAUUGCUGAUCUCUCUGUUGGCUUGGCCAGUGGACAGAUAAAGACUGGUGCUCCUUGCCGAAGUGAGCGAUUGGCAAAGUAUAAUCAGCUUCUUCGGAUUGAAGAGGAACUUGGAAGUGUGCAAUAUGCCGGUGAAGCUUUCAGAUCACCUUAGAGUGAACACAAGUGAUCUUAAAAAUCUUAUUCUGGAAAUAUUUCUGCAUCAGAGUCAUUGUCAUCAUUGAUUUACCAAGGAAAAUCCUGAGUUUUGAUAUAGAUGCUAGCCUUCUGGGAUUUUCAGAUCUACUUGAUGAGUUAGCCUAAGAUGUGUUUUGAACUGAAAUAAUUAUCAUGUGAUUUGAUGAUAACUUGGUGCGGUAACAUGGUUCCAUCAGUGUAACUUUUUUUUUUUUUUUAAAGAGACCUACUUGUGAAUUAGUCCCUCUGCUUCCGGCAAUUAGAUAUAUACUGUGUAAUCCUUUGAAGAAGGGAGAGGUUUAGGCAUUGCUGUUUGGUAGUUCAGUGUUUGUAAUGGUACUUCUCUACAUAGCUUGUGGACAAGUCCCGUCUGUGUUACACCUGGCAUUAGCGAUAUGAUUUGGAAUUUGUUUCUCCUUUCACCCUGCGACUUGAAAGGAAUUCCUUAAUUUUAAUUUUAGACCCAGCAAUA